UCAGAGCAGGGUUCUGUCCGACUGCUACAACUCCUGCUGUCACUGCUUUUGUCAUCUUAGGAACUAUAUGAAUGACAGCCUACGGACGGACGUCUUUGUGAGGUUCCACCCUGAGAGCAUUGCCUGUGCCUGCAUCUACCUGGCGGCUAGGACCCUAGAGAUACCACUUCCAAGUCGCCCUCACUGGUUUCUACUCUUUGGAGCAACUGAAGAGGAGAUUCAGGAGAUCUGCAUAAAAAUCUUGCAGCUCUAUACACGGAAAAAGGUGGAUUUGGCUGUCUUAGAAAGCAGAGUAGAGAAGAAGAAGCUGGCCAUCGAGGAGGCCAAAGCCCAGGCAAAAGGCCUGUUACCUGAAGGAACGCCCAAUUUGGAUACUGUAUCAGGAUUUUCUCCUGCCCCCAAAACUGAAUCUCCGAAAUAAAAUAAAGGCACCAAGCCUUCCCCGCUCGCCGUGCAGGCGAUCAAAAACACCAAGAGGAAAAUGGAAGGGAUGAAAAGAGUCAAGUCAAACAGCCCGGUCAAUGGUGUUCAGAAAGGCAGAGAGAGCAGGAGUCGGAGCGGAAGCAGAGACCCGAGUUAUUCCCGGUCUCCUUCAAGGUCACCGACUCCGAAACAAAGGAAGAGCGAGAGCUAUUCCCCCUCCAGUGGCUCCAAAUCUCACAGUCGCUCAAGAAGCCGCAGCGAUUCCCCCCCGCGGCAGUUCAACCACAGCAGCUCCAGCUACAAAAGCUCCAAGGUGAGGAGCUACAAAAAGGCCCAGAGCUACAAGUACGCCUCUCCCAAGCAGCGGAAAUCGCGCAGCAGGAGCUCCUCUCGGUCGCGGAGCCGCUCGCGGGAACGUUCAGACCACUCCGGGAAAUACAAGAAGAAGAGCCACUACUAUAGGGAUCAGCGGCCCGAACGGCCCCACUCGUACGAGAGGCCGAGCCACCGCUAUGACAGGGACCACCCCGGCCACAGCCGGCACCGGAGGUGAAGCGGUGCUGGUGAACGGCCAGAGGAAGCCCCUCUCUCUUCUUUCUGGAUUUGUCAGGGAGCAAGUUGGCCUCUUGGUUGCAGUCGGAGGACUUGGAAACUCAUCUCAGACUAGUUGUGUGCCAGUCCUGGCGCCAAGCCUCAAGGGAUGAUAUUGAAAUGGGCUUAUUCUGGAUAGUGUCUGUUUUGAGAAUCCCUCUGUAGUUCUCUGGGGAGGUUGCCUUCCUUUCCUGGAUCUUUCAUCUGUUCUUACUCUCGGACUGGAGAUGCUGCUAUGCACUGUAGGAGUGGGGAUCGUGUCCUGAUACGGUUGGAUUCUUUGGAGAGAGCUGCCUUCCCGCAGGCUGUUGACUUUGACGACUGACCUCCCUUUUCCCAAAGCAUCUUGGAAGCACAGCCCUUGUGGCAUUGCUUGGUGCUAACAGUAGUCUGUCUCUUUCUCUUUUGGGGUUUGUUUUGUUUUGUUCACAGCAGACACGAUUGCGUUGUAUAACACAAGGUGAUAUUUGAUUUUCAGAAGCGAUGCCUAUAUUAGGCAGGAAUUUUUUUGUACAUAUACAACGUUGAACAGUAAGGACAGAGAAAGGCCUUAAUAUAACCCUUUAAACUUUAAAUUGCAGAUGCAUUUUGGGGGGGGGAGCUUGCGACCUGCAUAUUGAAUGUUGAGGACUUCAGAUUCCUCAGCUGAAGACUUUGCUUUUUUCCCCCCCCUUUUGCAUAAAGAACUCUGUGGAAAUGUGAAAGAAGUAUUUAGAUUUUGUGCAUUGGAAAGUGGUCUGUUUUAUAAACUGGUGGAAUGCCUGGUGCUGGCCACCAGCUCAGGACUUGGGCCAUUUUCAUAUAAUUAUGUGGUUUAGAUACUCUCUACUCAGGAUCUUAAAAAAGAAAAAAAAAAAGACGCUGAAAAACUGAUCGCUUGUCCAUGCUUUGCUUGCUUAAGAGAAGGUGUUUAUGUUAAAAAAAACAAAUGUACACGGCACAGGAAUAUCCGUUUUAGUGGUAUUACCUGAGCUAUUCUCCUGUUCCCCGGUUUCAUUAAAGUAUUUGAUUUUGUAUUUAAA